AUGAGCCAAUAUAGGGAUCCUUUUAUUGGAAGAGGAGAAGUGAGUGGAGGAAGUAGCGGAGGAAGUGGAUCCAGGAAUAGAAGAAACAACGAAGAAUAUAUGUAUCAAAGGAGAGAAGAGGACGACGGGUCUCAGUACUCACCUUCAAGUGAGUACUCGUCGAUCCAUGGCUUUCCUGCAGUGCCUACCGACAUGGGCAGCCGGUCCUCAGCCCGACCGAUUCAGCAGCCACCUCGAAGGCCUCAACAGCCCAUGUCGUCUCGACAAGGUGGAAAUGGAGGACAACAAAGUUUUCCAAUACCUCCAGUGCCCAGAACACCUGGUAAUAAUAACAGUAAUGGGAGCCGAGGGCCUCCACCACCACGACCAGUAAGACGGGAUUAUGUCCCCUCAAACUUAGAUUCGUCUGAAGUCCAAGAAGUGCAGCAAAAUCCCAAUUUCUCGUAUCGUUUGAACCAACAGCCAGUUAGGACUCAGACCAGGUACUCCCAGCAAUCGGAUGACGAACACAGUCCAAUAUCGCCAGCGAAGCCUCCAACAAAUCGUCCGUCCGCGUCCAGCUCACGGUCGAUAUUUAUCGGCUUUGACCCCUCAAAUCCCCCGCCCACCGACCCAAAUUCUUUGGGAGUGAUACCAAAUUUUCCUUCCGUGCCGCCUGCUUCUGGAUCAAACAGGAAAUCUUCGGGCACUGGUCCUCCUCCGUCUGCGCGUCGUGGAACAUCUUCUUAUUACUCCCAACAAGCAUUGAUGGUUUCUCCAAUUCCAGAAGAGUCGUCAGGGUCGGACCGCCAUGGGUCUUACGCUUCGAGUACAGCGAUCCCUUCUAACUGGGCCGCUCCCGAAGAGGUGGAGGAGUACUACACCAACCGCCGUAAUGAUGUCCAUAGUGAUAGCGACGAAUCCGAUUCUAGGUUUCCAGAAGAAACUUUUCACGACGUUGGCGAAGAAAGAGGGUUGGUUAGACAGGCAAGUCUUGGGCGAAAAUCGAGGCCUGUCAUUACAGAAAUUAAGAGUUCUGGUGGAGGAAAGUUGGCCGCUGCAUCCAGUAAAUCUUCAAGUGAGUCGUUUAAGACGGGCCGUAGCGCGAGUGGUUCAGUCAGUGCCGGGCGUGGAACAUCGAGGUCGCCAGCUGAAAAAAGUUCCCCAACAUUGAACCCCGUCGUAGGGGGCUCUGGAGCUUCUCUGCCGUACCUACCCAGCCCGCAAGCUCAAUCACCAGUUUCUUCAUCAACAGAAAGUGACUCUCCUAUCAUCACACCCCCACUUGCAUACACACCUGGAGACUACAUGAGUGAAAGAUUGAGUUUCCCGAGGCGUGCCUCGCAAAGCAGUUCCCCGGCAUAUGAGCUCCAGCCUACUGCAGGUACAGCCCCAAGAGCUCCUCCUCCUGCUGCUGGAGGUUUGGCGGGACGGAGAAUUCCACCAAGGUUGAAUCUUGAUGCUGUUCGUGAAGCAGAGGCUAGAGGUAGCUUGACUAGCUUGCCUGAUCUAAUCAGACGGGCAACAAAGCUUGCUGCUGUUUUGGAGACUGGGAGGCCAGAUUCAAGGUGGGGGGGCAGAGGGGCUAGCUACAUGGAUAGUUCGUCUGGUGGCCGAAGCAGAGACACUGACUCAAUAUCUGACAUUUUGGCAUCUUUCCCUCCUCCGGUUCUCGCCCAAGGGAAGAACCGAAACUCUCGAACACUUUCCCAAUGGCCACUACCAGGUGAUUUCACACACGAAAAUGAAUCCUCAAUUCGACCAUCUAAAAAGCAGGGCCGCCGAGUUUGUGGCUUGCCAUUGUGGGCUUUCGUCCUUCUUGUUAUACUUGCGCUCCUCGUCAUCUGCGCUGCAGUUAUUGUACCCCUUCAAUUAGUAAAUCUAUCGAAAUCGGACAAAAAUGGCAAUAACGAUUCUGGCAGAGCUCUUGUGGCUGAAUGCAAAGAAAAGAAUCCUUGUCAGAAUGGUGGAGAGAACAUUGCAACUAGUGAUUUCUGUGGCUGUGUUUGCACAAACGGGUUUACUGGAUCGGACUGUACGCAGAUGGCUGAUUCAAGUUGCACUACUGUUGACUUGAAGGAUCGCAACGGCGGACGGAUUAAGGGCAUCCAGAAUGUCACGAUGGGAAAUGCUUUGCCGAGACUUUUUGACAUUGCUGAUCCGUACUACAAUAUCGAGCUCGACAUGGCAAUGUUAUUGGCGGUCUUCAGUAAUGAAUCCAUCUCUUGCACUGCGCAGAAUGCACUUGUUACGUUCAAUGGAGAAGCCAUACCCGACAGUGCCACUACCACAACCGCGAAGAGGGAGCUGGAAGCAGCCAUUGCUGAAUUGGAAAAAAGGCAGACAGCCAUAGUGACAGAUACCGCUACAUCAACGGCAGCCGCAGCUACAACUACUGCAACUGGAACUUCCUCCACAGAUUCGAGAACAGUUGAACUUGAUUCGGAUGCAAUUGACUUUGCAAGAGUGGCCGUUCUAUAUCUCACCAACGCCCAGACACUCACGAUUGCCAGCGAGGCCCAGUCCCAAUUACAGGCAUAUUUCACUGCGGGGAGAGAUUUUGGUGAUCUUUCAGUCGGCAACAAUAUCACGGUCGAUUUUGAUAAUCGUAGCAUCGAAUUAUCAAACGGAAGUAUUAUUGGAAGCGCCGCUGCAAACUCGACGAAUACUACCACCGCGACAGAGACGGCAUCCGCAAAGAUCAAACGAACAAUGGAAAGUUAUUUUGUUGCUUGA